AUGGAAUCUUCCGGGUUCGUUACGUUUAGGGACAAUCCCAUUUUAUCACUUCAUGCUAUGGAAAUAGAACGACUCGACGGUAAUACCGUGCAACUGUGCAACUCAACUCAAAGCGCGACCCACCUAGCACACGCAGCGAUGGAAUUCCACAGCAGAGCGAGAAAGCCGCUGUAUUGGACAACAGAAGACGUUCAAGAGUGGGUGAGAGCAGCGGUGCGCGAGUACGACCUAACUGCCGUGGAUCCGUCUGUAUUCAAGGUCGACGGCCAACAGCUAGCGCGUAUGAGUGUGCAGAGAUUUCUUGAACUCGAUCCCAACACUGGAGACAUUCUGUACGAAGUACUUCGAGUUACUGACGAAGACUGCAGAGUUCUGGGAAGCAACUAAGAGUUAGAGAUAAGACGACAGAAUGUCUUUAUAAGACAGUCUGUAGGAAUUUGAUUAAUUAAUUAAUUAAUUAUGUGAAGACACAGCAAUCUAGCAAAGUACAGUGGAUAGCAGCCUGCAAAUGAACAGCAAUGGUAUGGUGUAGCAACUGAAACACACACUGAAAAUAGAUUUGAUAGAUUUUUAACACGACUGCGCAUGCGUUUA